AAGUGCUAGCAGCGUUAGCUCUGUGGAUGUGUGAUGUCAGCUUGAAGACGGUGGUGUGGUCGUAUCUCAGCUAAAUAUUCCAGCUGUAACGAAGCAGCGAUGUCUUCUCUUCAGUAUUUUGUUGAGUUCGUCAACGAGCGACUAACUGCUGCUGUUGAAGAAAUAUUCGAAGUCUUUGAAAAAAUCAUCGUCGAGUCCGAGGAAGAGGUCGGUCGUCUGCAGAGACUGCUGGAUAUCGCUCUGAAACCUGAAAUAAAGUUACACAGGACAGAGCUCCCACAGCAACAUGUCUGUCAGGAGGAGGAGGUUCUCAGUGACCAGCAGCUCCGGAACCAGAAGAGGAACUCCAGUCUGGACCAGGACGACCCAGAACCACCAAAGGUUAAAGAGGAACAGGAGGAAAUCUGCACCAGUCAGGAGGGAGAGCAGCUUGUACUGAAGCUGGAGACUGAUACCUUUGUGUUGACUCCUGAUCAUGAGGAAAGUGACCACAGUGAACCAGAACCAGACAGUGACCACCAGCUCCUCUCUCACACCUCUCCUGUAGCUGAGAGCCAAGAUCAGACAGGAAGUCAACAUGUGGACUCAGGAUCAACUGCAGAUGCACAGUCAAAGACUGACUCUAAAACUCACACAGGUGAAAAGUCUUUCAAAUGUGACACUUGUGGAAAAGCAUUUAAGACUAAAUCUCCAUGGUAUAGACAUCUGAGAAUCCACAGAGGUGGUAAACCAUUUAUUUGCAUUACUUGUAAGAAAGGUUUCUGGUUUCGAGGUGCUUUGUUGGACCAUAUGAUUACACACACAGGUGAGAAACCAUAUCCAUGCAAAACUUGUGGUAAACGUCUCAGAAGUAGAGCAGGCUUGUUAACUCACAUGAAAACUCACACAGGUGAGAAGCCAUAUUCAUGCAAAACAUGUGGGAAGAUUUUUAGAUCUAGAUCAGGUUUGUCACUUCACAUAAGAACUCACACAGGUGAGAAGCCGUAUCCCUGCAACACCUGUGGGAAAAGAUUUAGUGACAUUUCAGCAUUCAGAAGACAUAUGAGAGUGCACACAGGUGAGAAGCCAUAUUCUUGUGAAACGUGUGGGCGGUGUUUUGUCACCAGUGGGGUCUUGAAAGUCCACAUAAGAACUCACACAGGUGAGAAGCCAUUUUCAUGCAAAACAUGUGGGAAGUGUUCCACAACUAGAUCAGGUUUGUUGUCCCACAUAAAAACUCACACAGGUUAGAAGCUGUACCCCUGCAACACCUGUGGAAAAACAUUCAUUCGGUCAUUGAAUUUGAAAAAUCAUGCAAGAAUUCAUACAGGUUACAUAAAUACAAAAGUUGUACAAAACACAUGAGAGUAUUUUCAUACUUAGUGUAUAAUUGAUGGCCCACAUGAGAGGAGCCCACGCUGGUGUGAAGCCAUAUCACUGCAACACUUGAGCGAAAGCACAUAAGAUCACAUACAGGCAAGUUGCCUACUAGGAGAGCAUUUAUAUGUCGUGCUUUGUGGAGAAAACACACAUGAACUGACGGAAGUGAAGAGCCACAAAAUUGCAGCCUUUGUGGUAAAGUUUUUGUCAGAGAAUCAGUUUACACAGGAGAAACCAUACAGAUAAAACUUCAGGUUAAGGAUAAAGUUCACAACUGAAUCAAGUAGACUUUUACAAUAGCUACAUCCCUGUAAUUGAAUUCAGACCUGUCAAACUUUAUGCAUUGUGACAUCAUUGUAUGCCGGUAUGAUGAGCAUCUAGCAAAGUGGUUGCUGAAACUGGUCCGCCAGCAAUAAUAUCUGACCCGCCAGAUUAUUUUGAUAAUCUGAUUUUUUUUAAAUUUUUUUUUUUAAUCUUACAAUAUGAGACUCACAGUCCCACACAGUCACAGUCCCACAUUUAUCUAUAAUGUCAGUUACCUGCAGAAUCACUUCCUCUUUGGGAAUUUCUGCCUACAAAAUUGAAGCGUAAGAAAGUUCUUUUUUUACAGUUCUUGUGAGCUGUUUCUGAAAAGUUCUGACAGGACGUUCCAGAGGUUCUGUUGAUUGUUUGACAGACCUCUGAAAUAGCAGAGGUUCAAUGUGUGAUAUUGUAACAACAGGGUGCCGUUACCACACCCCAGUAGUAAAUAUUACUUUUAUUUCAGCAUGUGAGCAUAUGAGUAAUUGAAGUGCAUAUAGUCAGUUAUUAAGGCAACAGGGUUAAUAAUCACACAGGUGGGAUUUUAGUAAUGCAUUGUUUGUUAUUUGUAGUUGGUGCGUGUAUGUUUGCAGGGAGGACAUGUGGCUGUUCACCUGUAAACAAGUGGAUGACGCAAGUGAGAUAUGAUUUAAUAGUAUUUGGUAAUUGAAAUUAAGAAUCACAUGCUAUUCUCACUGCACAGUGAAAUUUGUCUGUGAUGCACAACUUACCUCUGCCUGUCUUCCUCUCCCAGGGUGUUCGAGUUAAAGAGUUCCCCGGGGACUUGCGUACUUAUUAAUAAGUUCCGGGAGGGCAGUAUUAAUUUGCGGAAGUGGGCAGAGGGGAGGAUGUGUAUUUGUAUUGUCUGAAUGUAUUCAUGUGGGCGUGUAAAUAUUUCUAAAGAUUUAUAAUAUAUACAUACAUAUAUAUAUAUAUAUAUAUAUAUAUAUAUGUAUAUAUAUAUGUAUGUAUACAGGUAGUUAUGUGUUUAAGUUACUCUGCAAUGGGACAUGCCAGCCUAAUAGGUGAACAGACACCCUUACUCUGUUCAUUCUGUUGGGUGACUUUUUGCACUGUACCAUGUGAGAAAAUAA